AUGAGCUAUUUCGACCGGCAAGGAAUUCCCAAGAAAGUGUUAAGUGUCCAUUCACAAGAAGAGAUCCGAGAUUCGACAAGGCAGAAAGACGACGGUGUUAGAGACGACGAGAAGGACGAGGAAGAGGACAUUAGAAAUGAUGAUACAUCUGAGGCGAGUGAUGAUGACAUGUUUGAAGAGGCUGUGGACCGGCUACGAAGCUACUCAUUCGUGUCUCUCGGAAAGAAUGAGACGUUCGAAAUGUAUGGACUGGUACAGCUAGCGACGCGGAAAUGGCUCGCAAUGUGUGGAGAUGAUGAGAAAUGGAAGGCACAGUUUAGUAGGAACCUGAACGCGUUGCUUCCGAACGGCAAUUACGAGAACUGGGCCAGAUGCGAGAUGCUUUUCCCACACGCAAAGUCGGCCCAGAGGCAGCGGCCGACGGAUGACAGAUCAGUAGAGAUUGGGCCCAGAUAUUACGGAGGCUGGAUGGUAUGCAUUUUAAGAUGGGACGAGCGCGAUCAAGCUACAAAGAGUAAAGGCGGAUACGCAACCAUUAUACGAAUGCAUCCAUCCUCGUAUGAAGGUCAGCUCACGUUGGCGCCGGUGUUGGAGGAGGUCUGA